AUGCCAACGUCAAGUCAAGCUAAGUUUCUUAAAAACGAACAUUCGGAGGGAAACACGAGCAAUCCUCGCAAGUUCCAUGUACCAACAGGCAGUCGGCCAAAAAGUAGAGCGGAUUUGAACGCGUUAAAUGGACCCAAAGAAAAAAAUUGCCAAAUAAUGGAGAAAAUAUUUCAAGAAAAGGGAUUACAUCCGCAGUUACUUUAUAACCCGGUCUCCGGAUGCUUCGCUUAUCGGUUUAAAUUUUCUGAACAAAGUCUUCAAAUGGUGAGACCAAAAAGCAGAGUGGAUUUCGAAGAUCAAAAUGACACAAGAAGCAAGUCUGCCAAUGUCACCAAAUGUAACAAAGAGGGACGCAAAAGGCUAGGUACACACAUUGCGCUAGCAGAGAAUAUUCUGUCGCUGGGAUUUCGAGGACUCAACAAGAAGUCAACUAGAAGAGAAGUAAAAUCAGCCCACCUUGCUUCAGACACACAUAAACGUCAUCCUAUCUCAGACCCUGGAACUGAAACUCGACAGGGCCCGGGAAUACAAUUAGGCAUAACCAAAGUCUACAAAAAGCAACCCACUGCCACCAAGGCAUCAAAACACAGAAAACUGAAAAGAAACGAGGAACGCACGUCACCACGUUACGAAAACCUCCUUCUUCCGGCGGUGUAUUUGAGGAAAACACCCGCCAGAAAGGAUCCCCUGACUGUGUGUUUCAGUCUCAGAGACAACGAAAGCACGACACACGGCGAGCUGAAAAAUCACGUGGAAGUGCAGGUAGAGGUGACAAUCACGCAGCUUCAGUAUGAACCCCUGUCAGUGAGAUCCGGAGACCCAAGCAUCAACGGUCGCUGGUUAGCAACCAUGAAGAACUUGUUUGAAGUUGACUCGUUGUUGAGAAAAGGUUUCUAUAUGGACGGUGACCACAUUAUUGUUAAAGCGUGGGACGAAAUUGCAGACAGAGAAUACCAGAAAUACAAGUACCUGCAGGGCAUGGACAGUGAGAGGGACAAGUUAAAUCUGCCAACAUCUAAAUUAUCGAAAAAGUUUCACAAACUAAACACGGUAAUACAGGGAUGGAAACUAAGGUUAUGAUUAUAAUUGUAUGGUACUUAUUUAAAUUAAUUAAAUAAAAUGUACA